AUGACAUCUCGAAGAAUCAUCAAUCGCGAGCAGCGACAAUGCUCACAAAUCCGUCCACACUUGUAUGUUUCUGGCUUGGCCGCACUUUCGCCGAGGGUUUUAUGUGAGUUACGAGAAGUUGGGCUUAAAAAUAGUAUAUUCAAGAAAAAAAAAUAAAUAACAAAAAAAAAAAAUAAAAUAUCCAAAGAAUAUAAUCGCUGGUUCUCCAAAAAAUAAAUAUAGGAAACGAAUAAUUUGUGAAUGGAACGAGAAAAAAUGAGAAAGUUUUACUGCUUUCCCUUUUGCACGGCCUUCUAUCCAAUUAAGGAGAAAACCUUAAAUUAAAAAUAAAAGUAUCUAAUUUCAGCGCGUUUCUGUGUAUGCAUCAAUUUCAUUCCGGGAUUUCGAUUGUCUGCACCGCCACAUAUGAAAGUGGUUCAUAUUCCGCUGCAAGACGACGAAAAGACCGAUUUAACACCUCAUUGGGCGAAUGUGUAUAAAGAAAUUGAGGAGGCGAGGAAGGGAGCCGGAAGAGCGCUUGUACUUUGUGCAAUGGGAAUUUCGAGAUCGGCCACUUUUGCGAUUGCGUAUGUUAUGCAACAGGAGAAGUGAGUUUCGAUAACUGGAAAUUUUUCAAUUUUAAAAUCACAAGUGCAACGCCUUGAGAGCUUCUAUGUCAAGCUGCCGCUCCUAGAAAGCUCUAGUGUCAAGUAGCCGCGCCUAGAUAGCCUUGUUCUCAAGUAGUGGCGCCUAGAUAGCCUUGUUUUCAAGUAGUGGCGCCUAGUGAGUUCAAUUGGUAAGGAUUAGCGCCUAGAGAUUUAUUCUUGCAAGGAGCCGCUCCUUGAGAGCUUCUAUGUUAAGUGACCAAGCCUUGAAAUUCUUGUUGGCAAGCAGCCGCGUCUUGGAAGCUCAUUAGCCAAGUAGCCGAAGCUAGAGGUUCUAGGUUUCAAGAAGCAGCGCCUAGUGAGUUCAAUUGUCAAGGAUCCGAAUCUAGAGAUAUACUCCAGCAAGAAGCCACGCCUUGGGAGCUUCCAUUCUAAGUAGUCGAACCUAGAAGACCUGGUUGUCAAGGACCAGUGCCUAGAGAAUCUUAUUUCCAAGUAGCCGCGGCUUGGAAGCUCAUAAGCCAAGUAGCCGAACCUAGAAUACCUGAUUCUCAAGCAGCCGUGCCUAGUUAGCUCCUAUGUCAAGUAGCCGAACCUAGAGAGAUUCUAUGUUAAGUAACCGAGCCUAGAAUCUCUUAUUGUCAUGGACCUGCUCCUAGAUAGCCUUGUUCUCAAGUAGCCGCGCCUAGAAACACCCAAAAAAAUUCAGGAUUGGAAAUUUUCAAAAAUUUGGAAUCCCGUAUUUUUUCACUUAAAAAUUCAUUUUCCAAAAGUUCACUAAUUAUGAAAUCACUUAUUCAUAAAAGAACCUUGGUAACCAAAUUCGAAUUUCAGAUAAAUAAUUCAACAAAAAACAAUGACGUCUAUGUAGAUUCUGAACUUUUCAAAAUGAAAAAUUUUUUCAAGUUCACAAAAAAAAAGUUUCAAUUUCAUUUUAUAACCUUUCUCUUUCCAUUUUUUUUUCAGAAAACCAUUGCGCGACGCCUAUAAAACCGUUCAACUUGCACGAAAUAUCAUUUGUCCGAACGUUGGUUUUUUCACGCAGCUAAUCGAACUCGAAAUCAAAGUGAGUUGGGUCCCAAGGGAGGAAAACUAUGGACAAAGAAAAAGUUUUUGUUUUGGAGAUUUGUUUGUCACCAUAAAUCUCUUGGGUGAUAUUUAUCACCUUUUUCGGCUGGUGUCGCAUCAAAUAUGACUUAGGCUUGUAAGCUAGAAAUGAAGCGGGGGGAACUACCAAAAAUCUAUAGAUGUUUAGAAAAAAUAAAAAGUUUGCAGCUUCGCGGAAAAUCAUCAUGUAACAUAAUCGAGCCUCUUCCCGGUUGUCGAGUGCCGGAUGUGAUUUGGCAAGAAUUGUACGAUGAAAUGAUGACGAGUAUGAGUCAGGAUGAUCGACAUUCGCUGGCCUCUUGUAAUUUAUCAGCGCGGAGCAAUAAUGAUACGAUGAGUUUGAGAUCGUUGAAUGUGGUGAAUGAUACGUCGAGGUUUGUUGGGAAUGAUUUUGGGGUUUGGGAAAAGUUGGAAGCACAAAUUCUGGCUCUUGAACUCAUAUUCAAAGAUCGAAAAUUGAAUUUUCGAUGAAGUUUGCUGUAAUUUUGAAUUCCUUUUUUUUGCACUUGAAGUUUCAAACUGAAAUUCUAAAAAAAAAGAUUUGAAUGCGAUUUUUAUCAGUACAGAAAUUAGAAUCAAAAUUUCUGGCCAACAAUUUUCGCUACAGUACUUUUAAAUUUUUCUCCGAUUCCAAAUUUUUACAUCAAAAAUUGUUUCAGAGUAUGCCACGUGGCUAGAAAUUCAUUAGAAGCUUAGGAAUCUUAAGACACUUCAGGAUACCCUAGGAAACCUUGGUGAAUUUUAUAAAAGCCUAGAAAACUUUGUGAACCUUAGCUUAGUUAUUUUCUGUCUGAAAGAUAUUUUUUCAGAAGUUCCGAAUUUUUGUAGAGCAUUUUUAGAUGUUCCUGAAUUCUCUCCGAUUUCAAAUUUUAAAUUUCUCUCCGAUUUUUUGAAAUUUGUUUUGCAUUAACAACUUUUGUAUGCCACGUGGCUACAAAUUCAUAAAUACCUUAAGAAUCUUCAGAAAAAGCCUAGAAAAUUUUGUGAACCUUGGCGUAGUCAUUUUCCUCCUGAAAGAAAUUUAUUCAGAAGUUCAAAAUUUUCGUAGAGCAUUUUUAGAUGUUCCUGAAUUUUUUUGAUAUUCUGAAUGCAAAGUCCUGUUUCCUGAUCUACAAAAAUUCUAGUCAAAAAAAUCCGAAUCUUCCAGAUCGCUGGCCUCAUUCCAUCUAACACAUCGUCCAAUCGGCGCCUCACCAACUCUUCUCGUUCCACCCUCAACUUCCGCCUCAUCCUCCUCAAUUAUUCGCGGGCCAGUUCCACUCCAACGAGCCCAAACAGAACCAAUGAAUGGCGGUGAUCUUGGUGCGAAUCUUUCAUCCAAACAAGUUUUGCCAAAAAGUGCACUUCGUGAUAAAUCCAAAAAUUCGGGAAGCGGCGAGAAGAAGAAGAAAUGGCGAUUGAGUUUUCACAAAGAUGUCGUCUAA